AUGCCAAAGGGAGUCUGUGCCAAGGGGCUCGUGCUCCGCCUGAGCGUUACGGGCCAGGAGGAGCCCAGCGUGUCCAGGAGCAGCCACAGCAUCCACCCGAAGGAUCAUUUCGGGUUCGGCAUCCGGCAGUCCAAGAUCAUGCACCAGCUCUACAUGCGUGGCACGCCCACCGAAACCAUCGCGGAGGUGUACGGCCUAGAAAAGGCCGUUGUAGACGAGACGAUUGCUGUUGAGUCUGGCGUCUUUGAUGCCAGGCAUCCUCGCAGGUUCGGAUGGGAUGAAGCGAUGCACGUGUUGAUCUCCAACCCCGGCGAGACCCGCAUGUGCCUCGAGAUGUGCGAGCCCUUCAAUCACGAUAGGUGGCACCCACUCGAGCACUGCGAGGGCACGCUGGAGCAGGUUGUCGCAGCGAUGGCGGGACUGAAGAAGGGGCCCGGGGGUGGGCGGCAGUGUCGCGUGCGUGGAGGCCCGCUCGACGGGGCUGCGGUGGGCGCGUCGGUGCAGCUCACCCCAGCGGAGCCCCAGACGGCAGGCGCGGCCGUGCGCGCCUUCGACCUGCUGGGGCGGCUGGGCGGCGACGCCACGCGCCUCGGUGCGGCCAUGAAGCAGGAGCUGGAGAGGCAGGUGUCUCCGAGGUCGGAGCCCAUGGUGCCUCUGGCACAGCCGCCACGGGCGCCAGCACCGUCCGCGUCGGCGCCGAAGGCCGUCGAGGGGGCACUGAGCCUGGCUCAGGCUCACUGGCACUGGGCGCGGGACUGUGUCGUGCGCCGCACCAAGAGGCACGCUGGCUAG